AUGACCGAGGUUGAACUUGCCGAUCGGCUGUCCCAGACGGUACUCGCCCACGUUCAAAGUUUCCUCUAUAACUCAGCCGGGGCAAUGCAUUUGUUGUGCGACCUCAACGAGUACAAGAAGUUCGUCUCCGGGUGGAGAUGUGGACGAGACGCUGUACUACCUUUUGAAAGGUUACAUUCGCUCGCGAAUCUGCUAGUGGUGCUGCCGGACAGCCUAGCAGAUGCGGCACGAAGCCCGACUCUAGCAAACAUCGACCGGACCCUGAUCGUCAACUUCAUCCAACUCCGCGAGGACCACAAGAAGGUCAAAGCCCAAAACCUAGUCAUC